AUGAAAAGUUUAGAAGAACAGAUGGCAUUAAAAAAGUUUGCAUUGCGAAUUGAAAAUGAUAAAACAAUCACAAUGCCUUUAACAAAAGAAGAUCUUCGUAAAAUCACAUUUAUUGAACAAUCAUUAACAUAUGCUGAAGCAAUGCAAUCCUUAACAUUCUCAAACUUGUUUCUUCGUGCGCCUGAAGGCGAUUUCAUAUUGGAUCAAUUAAAUUUUUUUAAUCAAGCUAAUAAAGAAAAUACGGAAAUGCGUGGAUGUGCAUCAGCUUUAUUUGAUGGUCAAACUAUUACUCGUUCAACUCGUCAAGGAAAAACUUUUAUUGAAGGUAAAACAUUAUCAAUAUGUGUUGGUUCAACUGGUUCAAAAUGGUCCAGUAUAUUAUUACAUUUACAUGAAAAUUUAACAUCAGAUGGUUUUCAUCCACGAUUCUUAUUUUAUGCUUUGGAGCCAGCUGCUACAAUUGAUGGUCAAGAAAAGGACCUGAAUCGUUCACAUGCAUCAUUGGCUCAUAUUUAUGUUAUUCGAGGACUAAUUGGUGAUCGCCUUCAAACAUUUACAACUGAUGCUGCUGAAUUUAUUCAACCAUAUCUCAGCUGUUUGAAUUCAAAUGAAUCAUAUGCUGAUGAAUCUCCACGUUCUACAACAUCCUAUGAAGAAGUUGUUGAACGUCGUGGAGCUGAACUGAUCGUUCGAAUUGCGUCGAAUAUUCAAUAUAUGAAGAUUUGUUUGCAAAUUAUCCGUCUUAUUGAUCAAGUUGAUUUUUAUACAAUUGAUGAAAGCUUUGUUAAUCAAGCCAGUGCUAUUAUAACUAGCAAUUUAGGACCAUCAAAACCUUUUUCAAUGGGACAUAACGCUUUACCAACAAAUUUACAACCAAAACUGAUGAUAACUAAAGAAACAUGUGAAGAGGCAGUGAAAAUUUUCUUCAAAAUUUUCAUCCCUCAACAUUUCACAAUUAUGAAUUACCGUUAUCAUAAUGAUACGAUUGAAACAUCAUCUGAACUUGGUUUACAAACUCGAAUCUUAAAAGUGAAAUAUCAGAUUUUUCAUAAAACAGUAUUAUCUGGAAAUAAUGGUAUCUUAAAAAAUAUUGACAAGGAUUUACUCGACCAUUUGUUGGAUCGUCUUGUUCGACGAGGUAUUUUGAAAAAAGGAAAUUAUUUACAAUCGGAAAGAUCGAUUAAGUACGAAUCGUACAUAAAAUAUUUACCAUGUGCUUUAACUGAACAGCAACAGUUAUCAGUCCAAUUGAAAAAGCAUGAUAUCUCUUACGAAGAAUAUCAACAAUUAUGUCAAGAAAGCGAAAUUUUACUUCCAUCAACUCGAGUAACUCCAUAUGGUAAACUCGAAUUAGAAAAACAAAAUAUGGUUUUUGGCGAUACUCAUGAUGUCCAACGGCAACAAUCUUCUGCACCACAAGAUAGUGGAACACAAAGUGAACGCAAUCAAAAUACUACCAGUAAGUCUUUUCAAAGCAAAAUGUUUUUUACUAUCUUUUCGACUCUAUAUCAGUAGUAUUGAAUAAAAGAAAGAACUCAUGUUAUAAAAUAAUUUCAAGUCUCUACUUUGAACUUUUCGUAUGAUAUAUGAUUUUAGUUUCACACAUCAUCAAUGCACUCGAUUUAUCAUCGAUUAAUGCCUUCGAUUCAUUAUCGAACAAUGGACUUGAUUUGUCAUCAGUCGAUUCUGUCAAUAAACGUCAAACAAGCAAUAUGUUACCACAACAUAACAUUUUAAUGAACUCAAGUGCUUAUAAUAAUUACUUUUGUCGGUUAUUUUCUAAUACUGACCUUGAGUUUUCUAGAUAAUCUUCUUUCGAACAAUAGUCCAGUUUUGCAACAUAACACAUCUUCAUCGACAAAUGCUAUGUCCAAUAUGAGUAAUAUUUAUUAACUUUUAUUCUGUGAGAUAAAUUGAUGAAAUAUAAAUCAUUGCUUUUAGGAGAUCAAGUGAAUAGUUCAACAAAU